GUAUUCAGUAAAAAUUAUUCUUCCUUUUCGAUUCAUCUUUUGCCAGAUCGAGUCACAUUGAUAGUUUUUAAUAUCAAAAAAAAUAUAAGCAACCAUGCCGCCUAAGUUUGAUCCAACAGAAGUUAAACUUGUAUAUUUGAGAUGUGUUGGUGGUGAAGUCGGUGCAACAUCAUCGCUUGCUCCAAAAAUUGGUCCAUUGGGUCUCUCACCAAAGAAAGUUGGUGAUGAUAUCGCCAAGGCUACUGGAGAUUGGAAAGGAUUAAAGAUUACAGUUUGUCUCACCAUCCAAAAUCGUCAAGCUACUAUCUCAGUUGUUCCAUCAGCAGCUUCAAUGAUUGUGAAAGCUUUAAAAGAACCACCACGUGACAGAAAGAAGGUGAAAGAGAUCAAACACAACGGAAACAUCACAUUUGAUGAUGUUAUUAGCAUUGCAAAAGUAAUGCGACCACGUUCAAUGGCCCGUGAGUUUUCUGGAACCAUCAGAGAGAUUCUUGGAACUGCUCAAAGUGUUGGAUGCACAAUUGACGGACGUGCACCACAUGAUGUCAUUGAUGAUAUCAAUUCAGGAGCUGUUGAAUGUCCAUCAGAAUAAAACAAAAAGUUUAUUCGUGUAAUUCCUGAAAACAAUAAAUAAAAAAAAAGAAAAAACAAAAAA